AUGUCGGAGGGAAAGUCGAACGAUGACGAUACCGAUGGAAAAAAGAUGUUUAAUUCGUCGUCGUCUCUGAUUAUGAACCAAUUCCUCGCCGGCGGUGUGAGCGGUCUCCUCUCGAGAGCAGCGACGCACCCGGUGGAUACGAUCAAGAGUCAGAUGCAAGUUUCGAAUUUGGUCGUCACAAGGAGGAGUACCGAGAGGAGCGGAUGCGAUAGUACGAGUCAUCGUCGUCCGAUUUUGACGAGCGCUCGACUUUUGAACGCAAAACAUGCGAUACAAAAUCUGUACAGAGGUUUCGGGGCAGCCGCGCUUGGUGCGCCGAUGGCGAGCGGGAUGUAUUUUCUCGGGUACGAGACGACGAAGAAGACGCUGAAGAAGAUACGCAGAGAACGAAGACGAGAAGGAGCGUUUAAUGAUGAUGAUCACGAAGAAGAAGAAGAAGAUAAUAAAACAACGAUAUAUAUGAUAGAUAAUAUAAUCACGGGCGUCGGCGCGCAAGCGUUUGCCGGGAUCGCGUACACGCCGGUGGACGUCGUCAAAGAACGGAUGCAAGUGAGUUCGGUGUUGCCGACGAAUUUGAAAACGAAUAACGGGGUGGAUUACCGGAACGCGUUCGACGCGUUGAAAACGAUCGUGAAAAACGAAGGCAUCAAGAACGGUUUGAUGCGAGGGUACUGGGCGCAGAAUUUCGUCUGGUGGCCGUGGUCGGCGUGUUAUUUCGUCGCGUACGAAAAAGGUUUAGAGAUUUUUCGUAGAAACAACAACGACAACAAAAGUAGUCUUCGCGUUGAUGAUAACGGUGGUGUUUUUGGUGGUGAUGCUGAGCGCAGUAAUUUUGAGAGUAGCAGUAGUAGUAGUAGUAGUGUUAAAAGUAGUAGUAGUUUUUAUCGGGAGGGGGGGUGGUACGAAAACAACAUUUCGCCGCACGCGGUCUCGGCGUUCGCCGCGGCGACGUGCGCGACGAUCUUGACGCACCCGUUGGAUUUGUGCAAAACACGAGUACAAACGAUGACUAAUAAUAAUAAUAACAACAAUAACAAGAAAGUGAUGACGUUACGGACGGUUUUCAAAGAUGUCGUCAGAAAAGAAGGCGUUUUGGCUUUAUACAGAGGCGUGUUUGCGAGAGUUUUGAGCGUCGCGCCCGGGUCGGCGAUUUCUUUUUACGCGUACGAAUCCAUUCGGAAAAGUGGCGCGUUACGUUUAGAGGAGGAGGAUUAG